AUGGACAAGACUUGGAUGCGCCGUAACGAUAGAUUGAGCGAUGUAUAUUUAAAAGGAGUUGAGGAUUUUCUUCAAUUUGCUUUUAAGCACAUAGAACCAGAAGGUGAAAUUCCUUGUCCUUGUAAAAAAUGCAACAAUAUUUUUCACAAAACUAGAGACGAAGUAAAGGAACAUUUAAUAAUUUUUGGGAUAGUCAAGGGGUACACUCGUUGGCUUUUUCAUGGAGAAUUUGCACCCAAGGAGCAAAUCACUAACGAUAAUGAAAUAAGACAAGAGGAAGUAAGAAAAGAGCAAGGUGAUGAUAUAUUUGAAAUGAUUUAUGAUGCUACUGGCCCUGAUAUCAAUUCUGGUGGGGUUGAUCCUUCUGAACCAGCUUCGGAAUUUUUCAAAUUACUGGAGGAUGCUGCACAACAACUUUAUCCUGGUUGCGAGAAAUUUUCCAAGUUGUCACUGAUUGUAGAGCUGUUCCAAAUUAAAUGCCUUUAUGGAUUGAGUGAUAAAGCAACUGAUUGCAUAAUGAAGUUAAUUAAACGAGCACUUCCUUCUGGUGAAACUUUACCCGAAUCAUUCUAUGGAGCAAAAAAAGUGAUUCGAAGUUUAGGUCUUCGUUAUGAAAAAAUACAUGCUUGUGAAAAUGAUUGUAUGUUGUUUUGGAAACAAAAUGCAAAAGGUGAAUCUUGCUUGGUUUGUGGCGAGUCUAGGUGGAAAUCAAGGGAAGGUCAAAAAGCUGAUGGGGCUACUACAGAAAAAAAUGGGAGCAAAAUUCCUCGAAAAAUUUUACGUUACUUUCCUUUGAAACCAAGAUUGCAAAGGUUGUUUACGUCAUCAGAAAUAGCUUCAGACAUGACAUGGCAUCACGAUCAACGUUUGAAAGAUGGGGUUCUUAGACAUCCAGCCGACUCAGAUGCAUGGAAACAUUUUGAUACAUCUAACCCGGGCUUUGCCAGAGAUCCUCGUAAUGUUAGACUUGGAUUAGCAUCUGAUGGGAUAAAUCCUUUCGGCAAUUUAAGUGUUUCUCAUAGCACUUGGCCAGUAAUUAUUACUGUGUAUAACUUACCCCCUUGGAUGUGCAUGAAGCAACCAUAUUGCUUCUUGUCUUUGUUGAUACCUGGCCCUAAAGCUCCUGGAAAUGAUAUUGAUGUGUACUUAGAACCUUUGGUGGAUGAGUUACAAGAAUUGUGGUAUAAUGGAGUCGAUACAUAUGAUGCUUCGAGAAAGGAAAACUUCUGUAUGCGGGCAGCACUCUUAUGGACUAUAAAUAAUUUUCCAGCUUAUGCCUACUUGUCUGGAUGGAGCACAAAGGGAGCUUUGGCUUGCCCUUCAUGCAACAAAGAGACUCUGUCUACUCGAUUAAAGUAUGGUCGUAAGUUCUCUUACAUAGGUGCUCGUAGGUUUUUAUCGCUUAAUCAUAGGUGGCGGGGAAAUAAACGUGAUUUUAAUGGGAAAGUAGAAAGAAGACCUGCUCCAAAAAUUGUCUCUGGAGAUGAUAUUUUAAACCAGUUGGAUAGCUUGGAAGACAUUAAAUUUGGUAAGACCCAAAAGAGAAAAAGAUACGAAAAAAGUAAAGGCAUUCAUAAUUGGAGGAAGAAAAGCAUCUUUUUCAAACUUCCUUAUUGGAAAAAUAAUCUAAUACGUCACAAUUUAGACGUCAUGCAUAUUGAAAAAAAUGUGUGUGAUAAUAUUAUUGGGACGUUAUUAGAUAUGGAAGGAAAAACGAAAGAUAAUUUGAAUGCUCGUCGUGAUUUGAAGGAAAUGGGUAUAAGAAAAGAAUUGCAUCCAACUCAAAAAGAUGGAAAGUGGUAUUAUCCAGCAGCAUGCUAUAGUUUAUCACCAGAUGAUAAGUCUAAAGUAUGCAAGCUCUUGAAAACUAUUAAGGUUCCAGAUGGAUAUUCUUCCAAUUUAUCACGGUGUGUAAAGUUAGAGGAUCGUAAAAUUUAUGGACUGAAGAGUCAUGACUCUCAUAUUCUUUUGGAACAACUGCUUCCUUUUGCAAUCCGCGGAAUCCUACCAAACCAUGUCUAUGCUGCUAUUACCGAGCUAAGCAUUUUCUUCAGAGAGUUAUGUUCAAAAAAUGUAGGAGUUGAUAUGUUAGAUCGGCUUGCAACUCAAAUUCCAAUUACGUUGAGCCAAAUAGAAAAAAUAUUUUUGCCAACAUUCUUUGAUAUUAUGGUGCACUUGGUCAUUCAUCUUCCACAAGAGGCCAAGAUUGAUGGACCUGUACAAUACAGAUGGAUGUACCCAAUAGAGCGAUUCUUGCGCAAAUUGAAAUGUUAUGUUCGUAAUAGAUGUCGACCUGAAGGAUCUAUUGCAGAAGGGUAUAUUGUUGAAGAAAGUUUAAUAUUUUGUUCAAGCGAGUACGAGCAGAACAAUAGGAACAUGAACUUCGAUGAUUGGUUUUUCCAUCGAAUCGUGCAAAUGCGCAAGGAAAAAAAUUCACAUGCAAGUCGCGGGUUGUAUUCUUUGGCUAGAGGUCCUUUUGAUGGAGUCCAAAGAUUCAAAGGGUAUGAAAUAAAUGGUUUUAGAUUUCAUACUAAACAACUGGAAGGAAAUAGAGUGAAGCAAAAUAGUGGUGUUUUAGUACGAGGAAUAAUGAAUGGUCAAAAUAUAGAUUAUUAUGGUGUUCUGACUGAAAUAGUAGAACUUCAAUACCUCGAAGGCAAACGAAUUAUUUUAUUUAAAUGUGAUUGGAUGGAUGUUGAUCACAUUGGGAAAGGAGUGAAGAUAGAUAAACAUGGCGUUGUUAGUGUUAAUACUAACCGAAAGCUAGCAACAAAUGAACCAUUUGUACUUGCAUCUCAAGUAGAACAAGUUUUUUAUGUCAAGGAUAAUCUUCAUCCGAAUUGGUCCAUUGUCUUGAAUGGUCAUUCUACUUAUUUUACGAGUGGUGCUGUCAGUGAAGAAACUUUUCAACAAGAUGCUCAAGAUUUCCCAUGUACAUUUGAGGAAGAUGAAGACUUUAUCAAUUGGAGAAGAAAUGAUAUCGAUGUUAUCAGUACUGAUAUUACCUUAGCUGAUGAUAUUAUUGAAGACAUCGAAUCAGACCCUGAAACUGAUGAUGAAGAUUUGUUACUAUAA